GUCACAAUCACAGUGAAUUUUUUUUUCCCACACGCAAUCACUGCAGCUCGAUAGGGAAGGUUCGUCCUUUCAAAUUGUUCUAUGGAACGAACCCGUACCCGCUCGUAUUAGUUUGCGGAGUAAGUUCUUAUUAAGUACUUAUUAACGAUAAAUUUCUACCAAAAGGUGAUACCAAUUUUUUAGUACCAGCAUUAGUAUUCAUCAUAACAGAAUUGAAUUCUCCUUCGCAAAAAAUGAGCCAUGGCAUUGAGGUAAAAUUACGUUAUCACUAAUUGAAUUACAUGUUAAUUAAAUUUGUUUGGCUCUAAUCUUUACAGAUACUGUUGGGUACCGAAAUAAAAUAAAAAUUCCUAUGUAACGAUUGUUAUUAUAAUUUAUAGGAAACGUUUUCUAGAUUUCUCAGGAUUACAUUAAAUAGAAACGUUAUGUAAUUCAGUGCUCAUGAACAAGCGCUACUUUUUAACUGAAUUUUAUUUCCGAUAGCGUUCUCUCAAGAACUCGGAACCAGAGCGACAUAAGGUGUUUAAAGAGCUUUCAGAGAACGCGUGCGCAUCAAGUCGAACACGUGGUUAAGGAAGCUUUUCCGUGGUCAGAGCUUGCAGUAUUCGGCGUGCUUUAGCUGGCCGAACAUUUUCAUCUUGCCAGACUCAGAAGUUCAAAAUUCCGGGGACCAUGUAACUUAAUUCCACUUUCCGACGUGAACAUCGUUUACCACGGAAUAUUAUAUAAUACAUCCAGUGACACGGUUUUAUUGUAAGAAAAAAAGUAAUAUAAAUAAUCGACGAACGGAGAAGGAUUUAAAACAGAACAAAAUUAAUUGUAUUUAUUGGAACCGUGCUUUUUAAGGAGAUAAAGCCGCGCAGGAGGACAGAGCUUACAUAUGUUCCUUGAAACCGAAGAUGGAGAUUGAAGAUCACGGGAGAAGAAUGGAAUAUCAAAUCGCCACCGAAAACAUGGCCGGAAGUUCAUCGAGGAUGUAUCGACGAAUUUAAAACUUAGGAGGUCCGAGAAUUAUUUGGGAGAGUUAUUGAAAUCGGUAAAUCAUGUCGAAAAACGAAAGCGGUAAUAUGGGACCUCAAGAUGCCGGGGGAAAUCAGAAGAAGGACCCCAAUUCGAGUCUUUACGAAGGACGGGGAAAUAAAAAGCUCAUCCGAGUCGUCACGGUAUUGGCGUACAUGUUCUCCGUGAGCUUCGUCGCUAUUGUUCUCAGUGCUUAUUAUCUGUUUCUCUGGCAACCCCCGAACCCCAGACUUUUACAUGCCCAGCAUCUGAAAGAUCCCCAGGUGCAGUUCCUGGUGGAUCAUCCUCCCGUUGUCCUCGGCAACGAGAGAAAUGACUUUAUAAAUCAUUCUCAACCGUGGAUUAAGGAAAUUCCCGCGAAUCUAAAUUUAUCCCAGGAUUUGUUGAACGUUAACUCGGUCAUUGAAGAUUAUAGAUCGAUCGAUCCCAAUCGUUCAGCCUUACGAUCGAAAGAAUCGGCCCUGGCUCCUUUAAAAAAUAAAAUCGAGGAAAACCGCUCGAAUCAUUUCCCCGAGAUACAUAAUUCUACUGUCAAUUUUAUUAAGUCUACUCAAUUAGACGACGGUAAUAAAUUAAUUCUUCGACACGAUGACAUAUCAACCUCGGCCCAAACAACUGAGACUCCUGCAGUAACAGAUCAAUUAAUUUCAAUAAAUAAUAAAGUUUCAUCGAUGAUUGAAACCGUAUCCGAAGAUACUCCGUUUCUUGAGAAUGUAACGGAAGUAACGAGGGCAUUUUUUCCUGAACUUCCACCGGAAGACAAAGAUAAUGUUACCGAAAUAAAUUAUGCAGAUAACGAGAUGGAUCAAAUAAGUUCGGAAGACAUGGCGAAAUUGGAAGCAUCUGUCAGAAAUGAUUUAAAAACCGAUAUUAAUGGUUCUAAAGCUGAAAGUAAUUGGAGUGUCAAUGGGAACACGGAAAGCUCCGAAUUUCCCCAGGAAAUUUCGGAGGAUGUAAAGGACGGUAUUACUGAAGCAGUCUUUCUCGACGAGGGUUUGUACAGAACAGACUCCGAAAUCGAGGGGAAAUUUGAGAAGAGUUUUAGCAAGGGUGCCGAUAUCAACGAUACCAGAUCGGAUGGAAAAAGCUUUCAUCGGGGUCCAAAAAAUCCCAAAUCUCUUCAAGACGUUUUCAAUCGAUCAUCGAAUUUUGAGGAAAUUGGAAUUCAAUUGCCAAUACCGACUUCCACGAGUCAUCCAAAACCCCAUCCGAGAUCCGGUGAUUCAUUCCUGAAAAAGCUGAAAGCACUAACGAUUUCCGAAGAUUCAAAUGCCGUCAACAUCAGUUCGAUAAUGUCGAAUGUAGAAGCUGAAGGAUCACAAUUAUUAGAAGAUAAGUUGGAGAGUCAGAAACGUCAAAAGUCAAAUCUUUUGAAAAUUCUGACGGAGCCAACAAAACUGCAAGAAACUUCAAUUUCUUCCUCGACGAUGACGUUGACGUCAACGUCUUCCACUACACCUGUGAGUGGCAGUCCGCAGACAGGAGUGGAAGCCAGUACCGAUGCAAGUGAAGAAGAAAAAUAUUCGGAUGACUCGAUAAUAAUAUAAUAUCGGUUUUUCACAUUACCUUGGUAAACAAAGAUUAAUAAAUAAUACGAGAAAGUAAAUUUACAUAAAAUAAAAAAAUAGUAAAACGUAAAGACACUAUUUGCCUUUUCGUUUAGAAUGCAUGCGUUCGUAUUCCUUUCAUCUUUCUACGUGAACAACGUAGGAUUUAAAUAAGGAAAUCACUAUUACUACGGAGUACUAUCGAGUGUAAUCAAAUAUUACAGCGGUUGUUUGGAACUACUUGGAUUAACCAUUGACCAUCAUUUGUUAAUAAUCCUGUAUGAAAGUAAAACAUAUUAAUACUACACUAUGUGACUUUCCUGAAAUUUAUUGUACAAUAAAUUGCAUUCUAUUAUACAAAAAUAAAAUAAAAUAAUACAAAUAUAAAUUUACAAAACAUUAAGUCAAGAUUUUUUUACAGUUUGUUUCAUUUACGAAUAGAGUACAUUUCGAUGAACCAUA